UUUGCAAUGGCAAACCAUAAGUUUAUCGGUAGGAAGUCUACAAUGGCCGUUCCUGUUUCUUGUCUGCAUUUUUGUACAUUGGUAUUAAUCUGACAGACCCCAUGUUUAGGGGAAUUUACAGAGGCACCCAGAAACACCAAGAUGAUUUUGACCAAGUUAUACAAAGAGCCCUCCAUGUCGGAGUUGAGAAGUUUAUGAUCACGGGGGGAAAUCUGGAGGACAGUAAGGAGGCUCUGAAGUUGGCAGAGAGCAGAGAUGAGUUUUACAGUACGGUGGGUUGUCACCCGACUCGCUGCGGUGAGUUUGAGCAGCAGGACCCAGAGCAGUACGAUGCUGCCCUGAGAAGCCUGGCCAAAGCCAACAGAGGCAAAGUGGUGGCCGUCGGCGAGUGCGGACUGGAUUUUGACAGGUUGGAGUUUUGUCCCAGAGAGACUCAGCUCAAGUACUUUGAGAAGCAGUUUGACCUGGCAGAGGAGGUCAGACUGCCCAUGUUCCUACACUGCAGAAACUCCCAUAAGGAUUUCCUGGACAUUAUGAAAAGAAACCGAGACAGAUGUGUUGGAGGUGUGGUUCAUUCGUUUGAUGGCACUGUGGAGGAUGCGGCUGCCCUCAUUGACCUGGAUCUGUACAUCGGCAUCAACGGAUGUUCUUUAAAAACAGAGGCAAAUAUUGAGGCAAUGAAAUCCAUCCCUACAGAGAGACUUAUGAUAGAGACAGAUGCUCCGUGGUGUGGAGUGAAGAACACUCAUGCUGGCUCAAAGUUUAUUAAAACUACAUUUCCCACAAAGAAGAAGUGGGAGGCGGGGCACUGCCUGAAGGACAGGAACGAGCCCUGCCACAUCAUACAAGUAUUGGAGAUCAUGGCAGCUGCCAGGAAUGAAGACCCCGUGGAGUUGGCCAACGCUGUUUACGACAACACGAUGAGAGUUUUCUUCUCAGGGAGCUGAUGCUCUGGACCCACACUGGACCUACUCACCAGCCAGUAGACCUCUUAUGGAGUCUCCGCCCCUCAUGGUUUACGUGGCCAAUAGCCAAGUAAAGGCUGAUUCUCAGUGAAAGGAAUGUGGAGUACAUGAAUACUGAGAUGCGUUUGAA